AUGCAUUUCACGUUGACGGUGUUUCUGUGCUUUGCACAGUUCUUGAAAGCGAGCCCUGAUCCGCCCGUGAUAUAUAAACUAACAAAUAUAGAGUGCGUAUCCAAUGAUAAAUACAUUACAAACAUCUCCUGCUCUCUUAAGGCCGUGAAUUGGAAUAAGGCAGUUGCUCAAAUGGACUGUGAUCUCGUUUUACCAUUACGUAACCCUGAGGUUCGGAUGGAACUCCAGAAAAAGGGUUAUAACAAUCGAUAUCAUCCAUUCCUUGUCAAUGUCACAAUGAAUAUGUGCGACGUCAUAUCUAAUAGAAAUUAUAUUCCGUACGGACGGAUAUAUUUUAAGAUUUCGAAGGAAUUCUCAAAUUUAAAUCACAGUUGUCCUAUUACGGGUCACUUAAUGGCAAGAAACAUGUGGUUAAAUGAGAAGUAUAUUCCAGUACCAAUGCCAUUGGGUUUCUACGUGUUUUCAGCUCGUUUUAGUGAAAAAGAAGAGAUUGGUUUCAUUAAGUUCUAUUUUGAGGCUAAAGAACCGAAAUAUGUCGGACUUCAGCAAAAUUACAUCAAAGCAACUGGUUUUGUUGAUCCAAGCCUCUGCAUGGGCCUCAAGCUUAGUGAUGUAAAGGUAUACGAGGAAAAGCAGAACGGGUUGCAGUCCGUGCAGGUUUACAAUGAUCCAAAGUUAACUCAAGUGGGUUUGGUAUAA